CAGCAUCCGCGUGUCUCCGCCCUCCCGCUGCACGCGAUAGGCCUGGGAGGAUUUAAGCGGGCCCGCCGGAUGGAUGAGGGCUUUCUGACUCUGACUGAUUUCAAAACUUGACGGGUUUCGAGUUUCAACAGAGAUGAACUCCGAGGUGGAUUACGGAGGCUCCGGGAGCAGCGGGAACGGAAAGCUGCGCCAGUGGCUGAUCGAGCAGGUGGACUGCGGGAAAUAUCCCGGUCUGGUGUGGGAGAACGACGAGAAGACCAUCUUCAGGAUACCGUGGAAACACGCCGGAAAGCAGGACUACAAUAGGGACGAAGAUGCCGCGCUUUUUAAGGCUUGGGCGCUGUUUAAAGGCAAGUUUCGGGAAGGAAUUGACAAACCGGACCCUCCAACCUGGAAGACUCGCCUCCGUUGCGCCCUCAACAAGAGCAAUGACUUUGAGGAGCUUGUGGAGAGAAGCCAGCUGGACAUUUCAGAUCCCUACAAAGUCUACCGCAUCAUCCCAGAGGGUGCUAAGAAAAGACCCAGGCAGGAGGACAGUCCUCUGAGUCCAGUGAGCUACCAGAUGCACCCCUCCUUCCCCACUGUGCCGACUCAGAUGCCACAGUACCCGGCCAGUCCUGAAUGCAGCUGGAGAGAUUACUGCCCGGAGCAGGCCUCCCUACCCGAGCUGUCCUUCGCUCAGUGUCCCUGUCCCCCUCGCAGCCUUCCAUGGCAGCCUUCCUCAAUGGAAAAUGGGUACCAGCUCAGAGCCUCGAUUUACUCAUACGGGCCUGCUGACAGCCAGCCCUCGCCUUUCUCACUGGACACCAGCAUCAGAUCAGCGGAGGCGCUCUCAGACUUCCGUCUUCAUGUAUCAGUGUUUUUACGCGACAAUCUUGUGAGGGAGGUGACCACAUCCAGUCCAGAAGGCUGCCAUAUUACUCCGUGCUCCCCGGAGAAGCACUACCUGACGCCCGGAGGUCCUGAGGUAGUGCCCCUGCCCAUUGACAGCCUCUCAGCUCAGAGGAGGCCAGAUGAGUGUCCUCCGAGUCCGCCGUCUGAGCUGGAGCGGGGAGUCUUACUGUGGAUGGGUCCAGAUGGACUCUACGCCCGCAGGCUGUGUCACAGCAGAAUCUACUGGCAGGGAGGCCUGUCGCCGUAUGGAGACAAACCCAACAAGUUGGAGAGAGAGGUCACCUGUAAACUGCUCCACACACAGGACUACCUCACAGAAAUCCAGAGCUAUGGGCUCCAUGGUCGGCCACCGUCUCGCUUCCAGAUCCUGCUGAGUUUUGGAGAUGAGUGCCUGGACCCACAGAGGCAAAGACGAACCCUCACUGUCCAGGUGGAGCCUCUGUUUGCCAGGCAGCUCCUAUACUACGCCCAGCAGACGGGUGGCCACUAUUACCGCAACUAUGAGCACCCAGGAGUCACGGACCACAUCAACGCCGCCGAGGACUACCAGCGGGCCAUCACACAUCACCACAGCAGCAGCCUGCAGGAGUAAACUGUGGAUUCAAGUGACUGUUGACAACUUCAAGAUGCAGCCAAAGCUUUACACAGCAGACCAGGAAACUCAACACAAGGACAAAUAUGGACAGUUUUUAUUAUUUAAAAAGAUGAAAAACAAACAAUGGACAUUUAGUUAAUCAGUGUUUGCCCUGUUGCAGUUCCUCAGUAUUCACUGCUGAUUGUAUGCUUAUAUGACUGAAAACAAAGUCUUUUUUUUUAACGUUUUAAACUUUUGUUUUGUAUGUUACAAUGAGUUCUUUACCAACAUGCUAUGCAAACCAAACUGACAGCUGAGGUGAUUGUACUGAUAAAAUAGUGAGAAGGACCUUUGUGCCUUAAAUUAAUAGAAAACAUCCUUACUUUACUCCUUAUCUUGGAUGAAAGAGUCAUCUGAAAUAUAAAUACCAUACUUUAAAAUUAAAAAUGAAAAUCUUAACCUGGUUUACCAGCAGUUGGUUCGCUUAGCUUAGCAUAUCAUGGUGACUGAAAACAGAGACAGCUAGCCUAUCAAAACUCACUGACUUGCAGCAGGUCAAGUGUAAAGAAAUACAUUUUAUUAAAUUAGCUUUAGGAGUGCUGGAGGCAAGUUUUUUGAGAGUUGAUAAAACUUUACAAUCCCCCCUAUGAUUUAACUGCCUCCAGUAUAUGUCCCCCAUCUAAAGUAAAUUUGCUGGGUUAAGCUCCAGCUUUCUCACAACCCUGAACAGGUAUAGAAAAUACAUGAGUGACAAUAUACACACUGUAAUUUCUCGUUACUAUAUGCUUGAAGAAGCAAUGAGUUUUUAGAUCCCAACCUAAUGCGUUCCUAAGAUGAAUAUAUAUAUAUAUAUAUAUAUAUAUAUAUAUAUAUGUUUUUUGUACAUAUGUUCUGUGUAGGAGACACUAUGACCACUUUUGUAAAUUAU